GUUUCUGUGAGUGAGGUUUUGUUUUUCUUCAAAGAAGGAAAGAGGAGAGAGGCAGAAGACAUCCUUCAACUUCAAUGGAGGCAAAAUCAUGAAAGGAAUCUGAAAUCUCACUCCGCUGACUGAGGGUGCCGUAUGGAGACCGUCAGCCAUGGAGACAGCAGAUCAACUCAACACAACUCAAUUUGAAGAGUCACAGGUUAAACGGACAUCUUCAAACUGCUGCUCCACUAUGGACAUGAUCAUCGAUGAGAACUUUUUGCAACUGGAACUGGACGACAGUACAAAACUGGUUGGAGUUCAAGUGGUUCUCAUCCUGGCUUACAGCAUGAUCAUCCUAUUCGGGGUUAUUGGAAACUCUUUGGUGAUCUAUGUCGUUUACAAGUUUAAAAACCUACGAACAGUCACUAAUUUCUUCAUAGUAAACUUGGCUGUUGCUGACCUGCUGGUGAACACGUUAUGUUUGCCUUUCACCCUUGUCCAAACGUUGUACGGAGAGUGGAAGUUUGGUCAGGUGUUGUGCUACAUGCUGCCCUGCGCUCAAGGCAUCGCAGUUCAUGUUUCUACCAUCACUCUAAACGUCAUCGCCCUGGAUCGCCACCGCAGCAUUGUUUAUCACAUGGAGACCAAGAUGUCUAAAGACAUGUGCGCCCUCGUCAUCGCCAUCACAUGGGCUGUUAGUGCACUAUUAGCUAGCCCACUUGCCAUUUUCAGAGACUAUGGGACAAUAGAUCUCUCAUCAGACAAGUCGAUCCAGAUUUGUGCGGAGAAAUGGCCGGGGAGCAGCAUGAAUGGAAGCAUCUACAGCAUAGCAGCGCUUUUGAUUCAGUACGGUUUACCUCUGGUCGUCACCUCCGUCGCCUACAUCCGCAUCUGGAGUAAACUGAAGACUCACAUGAUCUGUGGUGGACGAAACGACCGGAAUCAACGCAGGAAGAAGACCACAAAGAUGCUUCUGAUGAUGGUGGUGGUCUUCGCUGUCAGCUGGUUGCCGUUCCACGCGUUCCAGCUGGCCAUUGACAUUGACAGCAAGGUGUUGUACAUGAAAGACUUCAACCUGCUUUAUACUGUGUUUCACAUCAUGGCCAUGUGCUCGACGUUCAUCAACCCCAUCCUAUAUGGGUGGAUGAACAACAACUACAGGACAGCGUUUUUAUCUGUGUUUAGUUGUUACCACUCCUUUAGUUCAAGGCAUAGACGAUCCAGAGGGGGACAAGAGGAGGACGACAGGGUUUACACAGACUGCAAAUCAACUAACGUCUGA